CUUCUCGUCUCUCCGGGGCCGUCGCCACCGCGCAGAGACCUUUAGCUGACCUCUGCGUCCUGCUGCCACGCAAGGAAGGGCGGGGCCGCCCCGGCCGGGACAGUGUCCCAAGGCAGCGAGUCCUCUCGAGGCUACCGUAGUCCCCGGAGUCGGUGGUCACGUGACCCUAGGCUGCACCAUGGCUUCCCACAAGCCGCUGUCUCGUUUCUGGGAAUGGGGCAAGAAUAUCGUGUGCGUGGGCAGGAACUACGCCGACCACGUCAAGGAGAUGCGCAGCGCCGUGCUAAGCGAGCCUGUGCUUUUCCUGAAGCCGUCUACCGCGUACGUUCCCGAGGGUUCGCCGGUGUUAAUGCCCGCUUACUGCCGGAACCUGCACCACGAGGUGGAGUUGGGAGUACUGUUGGGCAGGCGUGGUCAAGCCGUCCCGGAGGCCACCGCCAUGGACUAUGUGGCCGGCUACGCCUUGUGUCUGGACAUGACUGCCAGAGAUGUGCAGGAAGAGUGCAAGAAGAAGGGGCUGCCCUGGACCCUGGCCAAGAGCUUCACGGCCUCCUGUCCGGUCAGCGCCUUCGUGCCCAAGGAGAAGAUUCCUGACCCUCAUGCCCUAAGACUGUGGCUCAAGGUCAACGGUGAGCUCAGGCAGGAAGGCAAAACAUCGUCUAUGAUAUUUUCCAUUCCCUACAUCAUCAGCUACGUUUCCAAGAUAAUUACCUUAGAAGAAGGAGACCUUAUUUUGACCGGGACUCCAAAGGGAGUUGGGCCAGUUAAAGAAAAUGAUGAGAUCGAGGCUGGCAUAGACGGGGUGGUUAAUAUGAGGUUCAAGGUGAAAAGGUCAGAAUACUGAGUAUUCUUAAUGAGUGCCAAAAGAGAAGGGAGAAACAAGUGAAGAUAACUAAAUGACAA